AUGACUGUACCGAACAAAAAGAGAGGUUUGCUUAGUGAGGCUGGUCGACGAGAAAAUAAUCAGAACGCUUACUUAAGCACAAAAAAAAACACGGAAAAGUAUUUUCUACGUCUUGCUUCCAACCGCCUCUCGGAACUACCAUACAAGGCAAAGAGCGAGCUGUGA